UGUCAAAAAAAUGUUUUGAUUACAAACAUUUCUGUUCAAUGCAACACUGUACAUUAAUGUGAUUAUUAAAAAAAAAUCGCACGUUUUAAACAAUUCUGCAUAAUCAAACCCAGUGAGGCCACCAUGAACGAGGACCGCUCGGACAGUUCCGUCACCUCUAUCGAAGAUGACGAUGAGGAGCGCACCGACAAUACAGAAAACCUGUGCGAGAACCCCACCCGUGACAUUUUGACCGAGGGAUUUUUUCGCCUGUUCAAACCGGUUAUUGACGAUCUGGACAGCAACAUUCGUAGUGCACGGCUCAAUCAGAUGGAACUUCGUCAGCAGCUGGAUGGUUUAUCGGCGGAGAUGAAAAAUCUAAAUUUUGAGAAUGACCCUCAAUUGCACGAAUAUUUCAAGCGUAUGGUUCAUGUUAAGCAAAAAGUGGUCGUGAUUAUGAACAUCCUUCAGGGGGCACAGGAACGUCUGGUUUCUCUAUGCCAACAACAGGAGCAAGGCGUGCCAGGACCACCCGUUAGUUAAAGAGCUGAUUUUAAACCAAUCAAGUGUAUUGCCACAAUAUAUUGGAUUACUUUUUAAGUUAGCUUAGUUACGUUAAAACAAUUCAACAUAUAAUUAUUUCUUGAAAAAACUA